GGUUCCCAAUAUAUCCUCCUCCUUUUAACUCCUUUUCUUUGUAACUUUCUUCUUCCCCACAAUCACAUCUCUCUCUGUGUCACACUCUCCCCCCUCAUUCUUCGCCUUGGUGGUUACCUUUGCUCCAGCGGGUAUGACGGCGCCAAACAUAGAGGCGAUAGCGGCGUCGCUGAGGAGCUGCUCGCUUGGCGGGAGGACAGAGUCGCCGGAACGUCAGCCGGCUGCGGCGGCGGCGGAGAGUCGGCCACCCGCAGUGGAGGAAACCGUGGAUUACGACGGAGUUACUGUAGAACUCAACUCGGAGGUGGCGCUUCCCUACCACUGGGAACAAUGCCUUGACUUGAGGACUGGGGAGCUUUACUACAUAAACUGGAAGGAUGGGACGAGGACAAGCGAGGAUCCUCGUCUCACAACAACCAGGUGCCGGACGAGCUACUUCUCGUCGGAGGAGGAGGAGAUCUCUGAUUUAGAAGAUGAGGAAGCCGAGGAAGAAGACGAAGACUACUGCGACGCCGAGGAUAGCAGCAGUUCAGUCGCCGAAGGCGCAGACUAUGAUGAUUUCUACGGCAUCAAUGCCGAAGUUUCUUCGGGCGUCGCCUAUGGAGCGUCUACCUCUUCCUCGGCCGAAGCCGGCUCCGCGGACUGCUCCACCGCCGGCAGUCAAGUCCUCGUUGCCGCCGGCUGCAAGUCCUGCUUCAUGUACUUCAUGGUACCAAAGCGCGUCGAGGCCUGCCCCAAAUGCGGCGGAUAUCUCCUCCAUCUCGGCCGAAACGGCUACUUCUGAGCGUCACCGGCGACUUCCUUCAUCUUCGUCGUCGUCAUCAACGGCAGCGGUUUCCAUCUGGAACUUGGGUUUCAAAUGAUCCAGGGAGAAAAGAAACUAAAGAUCCGUUUUUUAACACCAAAGCUGCCAUCUUUUUUCUCCUUUCUCAAUUUUCUCCCCCAUUGAUAACCAGAUGUGAAUGUUUAAGAGGAAAAAUCACAGAUCACAGACUUAUAAUCGUGUUUUAGUCGGAUAAUUGUCUUUGAGAAUCAUUAUUAUGAUGUGAAGAUUUUGAGACGGGAUGAUUUAAU